CUUCGCGCCGUCCGCGGCGGGGCAAGAUGGCGGCGCUGAGGGCUCUGCGCAGCCUCCCGGGCGUCGCGGCCCGGGCGCUGCGGCCCGGGGGCCGGCUGCCGGUUCAGCCCAGCAGAGGUGCUCGGCAAUGGCAGCCAGAUGCAGAAUGGGCAGAGCAGUUUGGGGGAGCUGUCAUGUACCCCACCAAAGAAACAGCCCACUGGAAGCCUCCACCUUGGAAUGAUGUGGACCCUCCAAAGGACACAAUGGUGACAAACCUGACCCUGAACUUUGGGCCCCAGCACCCAGCAGCUCACGGUGUCCUGCGACUAGUGAUGGAAUUGAGUGGGGAGAUGGUGCGGAAGUGUGACCCCCACAUCGGCCUGCUGCACCGAGGCACUGAGAAGCUCAUUGAAUACAAGACCUAUCUGCAGGACGUCAAAGCCGGUGUCCCUGGGGACAGGGGAAGAGAGGAGAGAGACGCCCUUCCAUACUUUGACCGGCUAGACUAUGUGUCCAUGAUGUGCAACGAACAGGCCUACUCACUGGCUGUGGAGAAGUUGCUCAAUAUCCAGCCUCCGCCCCGGGCUCAGUGGAUCCGAGUGCUGUUUGGAGAAAUCACGCGACUUUUGAACCACAUUAUGGCUGUGACUACACAUGCCCUGGACAUUGGGGCCAUGACCCCUUUCUUCUGGAUGUUUGAAGAGAGGGAGAAGAUGUUUGAAUUCUACGAGCGCGUGUCCGGGGCUCGGAUGCAUGCUGCUUAUGUCCGGCCAGGAGGUGUGCACCAGGACCUGCCCCUUGGGCUUCUGGAUGAUAUUUAUGAGUUUUCUAAGAACUUCUCUCUUCGGGUUGAUGAGUUGGAAGAGAUGCUGACCAACAAUAGGAUCUGGCGAAAUCGGACAGUUGACAUUGGGGUUGUGACAGCCGAAGACGCGCUUAACUAUGGGUUUAGUGGCGUGAUGCUCCGGGGCUCAGGUAUCCAGUGGGACCUGCGGAAGACGCAGCCCUAUGAUGUUUACGACCAGGUGGACUUCGAUGUUCCUAUUGGCUCUCGAGGGGACUGCUACGAUAGGUACCUGUGUCGGGUGGAGGAGAUGCGCCAGUCCCUUCGAAUCAUCGCGCAGUGUCUGAACAAGAUGCCUCCCGGGGAGAUCAAGGUUGAUGAUGCCAAAGUGUCUCCCCCUAAGCGAGCAGAGAUGAAGACUUCCAUGGAGUCAUUGAUCCAUCACUUCAAGUUGUACACGGAGGGCUACCAAGUCCCUCCGGGGGCCACAUACACUGCCAUUGAGGCUCCUAAGGGAGAGUUCGGGGUGUACCUCGUGUCCGACGGCAGCAGCCGCCCUUACCGAUGCAAGAUCAAGGCUCCUGGUUUUGCCCACCUGGCUGGUUUGGACAAGAUGUCGAAGGGACACAUGCUGGCGGAUGUUGUUGCUAUCAUAGGUACCCAAGAUAUUGUGUUUGGAGAAGUGGAUCGAUGAGCUGGGGAAAGCAUUUGAUCCCCCUGCCUGUCUGCUUCCUCCUCGGAGCCUGGCCGUCCCUGGACAGGGACUGUGUGUGUGUGUGUGUGUGUGUGUGCGCGCGCGCACACCCGUGAACACUCAGCCGUCAGGCUUUCUGUGCAUGUACUAGAAAAGGAGAAAUUAUAAUAAAUUAGCCGCCUUCCGGCUGCUCUG